GUGGCGGCGGGCUCGCGCUGCUGAGACAGGCAGAGCACAGAGGACCGGUGGCGCGCGCUCACAGACUCCCAUUCAGCCACACACACACACACACACACACACACACUCCCCAAACAAAGAGAAGCACGCGAGGCAGCACAGAGCAUCCCACCCUUUCAGCCGCGAGCUCACUUGCAGAACCGCCCCCCCCCCAUCCCUCUCUCUCACACACAGAACCGGUCCGGUCCGAGGCUCGAGCGCACAGAACCGACAAUGACAACUAACGGCGCGUCUAACGGAACCAGCGACAUGCUGCAGAUCCAGUUCGGUCUGAUCAACUGCGGGAACAAAUACCUAACGGCGGAGACCUUCGGCUUCAAGAUCAACGCCUCCGCCACGAGCAUGAAGAAGAAGCAGAUCUGGACUCUGGAGCAGAGCGGGGACGACUCCACCGGGAAUGUGUUCUGCCUCAAGUCACAUCUGGGCCGGUACAUCGCCGCCGACAAGGACGGGAACGUUACCGGAGACAGUGAGACCCAGGGCCCGGAGUGCCGGUUCAUCAUCACCGCCCAUGAUGACGGCCGCUGGUCCCUGCAGUCGGAGCCGCACGGCCGCUACCUGGGCGGCACCGAGGACCGGAUCAUCUGCUUCGCCCAGACCGCCUCGGUGGCGGAGAAAUGGAGCGUGCACAUCGCCAUGCACCCGCAGGUGAACAUCUUCAGCAUGACGCGCAAGCGGUACGCGCACCUGAGCGCCAAAGUGGAUGAGAUUGCCAUCGACCGGGACGUCCCGUGGGGGGUGGACUCCAUGAUCACGCUGGUGUUCCGCGAGCAGCGCUACCACCUGCAGACCUCCGACAACCGGUUCCUGAGGAACGACGGCGCGCUGGUCGCCACCACAGACAAGAGCACGGGCUACACGCUGGAGUUCCGCUCCGGUAAGGUGGCGUUCAGGGACUGUAGCGGCAAGUACCUCGCGCCCUCUGGGCCCUCCGGUACCAUGAAGUCCGGCAAGAGCGCGCGCGUGGGCAAGGACGAGCUGUUCGUGUUGGAGCAGAGCCACCCGCAGGUCGUCCUCACCGCUGCCAACGAGAGGAACGUCUCCACCCGGCAAGGUAUGGACCUGUCAGCCAAUCAGGACGAGGAGGGCGACCAGGAAGUGUUCCAGGUGGAGAUUUGUCGUGAAAACAGGAAGUGCGCGUUCCGGACCGCCGCUGGGAAAUACUGGACCCUGACUGCUAACGGUGGCCUGCAGUGCACUGCCUCCACCAAGUCUGCUAAUUGCUACUUUGACAUUGAGUGGCGUGGGAAGAGGCUGACUCUCAGGGCUGCUAACGGGAAAUAUGUCGCCGCCAAGAAAAACGGCCAACUAGCAGCCACCAUCGACUCUGCCGGUGAGUCGGAGGAGUUCCUCAUGAAGCUGAUUAACCGCCCGAUCAUCGUGCUGCGUGGAGAGCAUGGCUUCAUCGGCUGCAGGAAGGUGACAGGGACGCUGGACUCAAACCGCUCCACCUAUGACUACUUCACUCUGGAGUUCAGAGAUGGAGCCUACAGCCUGCAAGACUCGACGGGUAAAUACUGGAUGGUGGGUAACGAGCAGUCGGUGGUGAGCAGCAGCGACACACCCGUCGACUUCCUCUUCGAGUUCUGCGACUACAACAAGCUGGCCAUCCGCCACGCCGCAGACAGCAAGUACCUCCGCGGCGACCACGCUGGCGUGCUGAAGGCCAACGCCGACGACCUGGAGACCGCCACACUGUGGGAGUACUGAGGGGGAAGCAUGGAUGCCGUCUCCCACUGCUGCGAUGCUGAUGAAUGAAGUGUGGCGACGCAGCACGGCAGCACUACCUGUCCAUACAUCUACCUAUCUCCCCCCCCACUCACCUUCCUUCCAUUCCUUAUAUUAUAUCCUGUACUUAUGACUUUAUAUGUUGAUAAACUGCACAGAGAGAACAGGAAGGAUAGAAGAAGAAGGAAGGAAGACACUCCUUUCUCUCCUGCCUCCCUUUCCUUCCCUUCAUCCUUCCUUCCUCCCUUUUUCCCAGCUCUGCUCUGCAGCGCCGACCUUUAUCUGUUGCCAUAGUUACCGUGGGGCUGUGCACUUUUUCUGCUCCCAUCUGGUUCGCUGCUCGACCUGUCACUCAACUCCCCCCUCGCCUUACGAUUGGGCCGUCCCUCUCCCAGAGCAGAGCAGAGCCACGUUUAAAGAGCCCCCCCCGUCCCCCCGUCCCCGUCCCCUCCUCUCUGAGUUAACCCCCUCGUCUUUCUACUUGUCUCUAUUGUCUGUGUGAGCAGCACAUGGUGGCAGUAUUUAUGGUGUCUGACCUGGUCUGCUAGGUCUGUUUCUACCUGAUUUAAUCUCCCAUUGCAGAUCCACCACUGGAUAAAAUCGACUUCAGCUGCUUCCUGUUAGCUGGAUGUCAAAGAUGGUGAAAGUGGGUCUGUUUUUGUGCGGCUGGGUCACGUAGAAACACAUUUCCUGCUUCUGUCCGACCAGGUCUAGUUUGUUUUCAUGAGCAGGCCUGUUGUCUCUGUGUGAUGACUAUGUGAUAUAACUGGAGUGGAUCUGAUAAAGAUAUUGAAGGUGGUGUAACUGACGGGUUUAAGCCUCCCCCCUCCCCUACUCUUCAUCUCAACUGUAUAAUAUUCAAAUGUAAACCAGUUUCCUGUGUUGUUCUCACUGGUUGGCUGGGAAUUUCCUGGACCAAACAGGAUGUGGGAAGUUAAAACACUUGUCAACCCCCUUUACCUCCCCCCUCCUCCGCAAGCUGAACCUAUUGUCCCGAGAACAGUAUAAAGAAAAUAAAAUUAAAAAUGGUGAGGACACAUGUGUUUACUGCACUCACCUGUCUUACUGGAAGAAAAAGCACUCGCUAACACACAGUUGGAUUCAUUUCUUUUUCUAUGUCCAAGGCACAGACAUUAUCAUGGGUAGGCGUACAGUAGGUAGCCAUAGCAACUGGAGCGAAAUGAUUUAUAGACCCUUUUUUGAAAGCUGCUUUUUGAAUCCCUCAACCAAACUUACACCUCAGCCUUUAUCUAGACCAAACCUUUGAUACUGGAUUAACAAACCGUCAUCUCACAACUAACGAAAACUGGAACCUGGUGCUACUAACUCACAACAUGUCACAAGAAAUGUUACAGUCCUGUCGAGCAUCUCACAUACAUACCGUCUGGACCAACACCUGCACUUGAGAGCCUUGCCAGAUAAUAGAAAGGGCUGCAAGAGUGCCCUUAAAAACCUAAACCUGCUUCUUAUUUGGAUUUAAUUUCUGUCUGAACUUUGAGGAGUAUCACGACAGCCUUUUUUUAUAAUGAGAAAUGACCAAAUUGUAUUUGUUUUAGUUGGAUUUUUUUUUUGUCCCUGACUCGUCAGUGAAAGUGGGGAAGAGAGAGAACAAAAAAAGAAAAAGAAGCCUUUGAAUUUGUCGUCUAUUUAAAUGAAAUGUCUGUAAUGCAGUCAUGUAGCACAUUGCACCCAUAGGUCCUGCCCUCUUUGAUUCUCUACCCUUCGGCGGCCUGCUUUCUCCAUAACUCAUUAAGCCGCGAUGGUUUCUAUCUACUGGUUUUUACAGUACAGCAAAGAUUAUUUUGGCACUAGGCCCUGAAUUAUCGGGCUCUUCCACUCAUCAUCCCAAUCAUCAAGUAUUCCUCUGAUGUGAAAAUCUGUAUGGAAAAUCCAAUCAUUGCAGCCCCAUGAAAUGAUACAUGAUUGUAGCCAGCUCCUCACCAAGUCCGUCCAACUUUCUCUCUGAAGUUUUGACCGUUUUUUGCAUGAAGGGUUGAGAAUCUCAAGUGAAUAAAAGGAGCGGUUAUCCUCGGAGAAACAGCUUCUCCGAGGCAACUGAGACCGUGGCUUAGACAAACGGAUGUGGAAGGGUAAACAUGUGGUAAUGACUGUGCCUUACUCUUGAGUUUUUGGGCAGUAGGAAAAUAAAAAGAUUAAGAAAAAAUAAUUAAAGUCCACAUCUUUGCUUUGUAUAACUGGAACUUCUUUUUGUAUUAUUAUUUUGUAUAAUUUUUUGAUAUUGUGGAUUAAUCUCUCUCUCGUGCCAUUGGUUCACCUGAAAUCCAACGACCAAUAAAACUGGGAUUUGGAAUGCUA